AUUCAAAUCAUAAUAAAAUAUUAAUGAGUGACUAAUUCCAUUAGUUGAAUGAUAAAUGGACAAUAUCUGAGAAGUAUACUGUUUAAAAUAAAGAUGAUGAUUAUAAAAAGACAAUAGUUGAUAUAUGUUCAAUUAAGAGUGUUGAAGAAUUUGCAUUUAUAAUGAAAUAAACAAUCUAUUAAAGUUUGACAGAUUUAUUUAGUGAGCCACAAAAAUAAAAAUAGUAUAAUUAUGAUGUAAUGUUAGAUUCAAAAAUUUUAAAAACAAUGCAAUAGAAACACAAAUUGAAGCAAUUCAAUUUUUUAAAAAUGAUAUCAAUCCGUGUUGGGAGGAUCCAGAAAAUGAGAAAGGAGGUGAUAUACAAUUUGAAGUACCACUUACCUCAAUUGAUAUUUAUAAUUAACUCUAUACUGAUAUUAUUUAUGAGAUUAUAGGAUAAUCAAAAGAAGAAUUAAGGCAUGUAUAAUUUAAAAUAAAAAAAGGUAAAUGGAGUUCGAGUCUUAGAUAAAAUAAAUGCUGUUAAAGGCAAUGGAAUAAGAAUCGAAUUAUGGUUAGAUAUUGAUCCAGUAGAUACAAAUGAAUAAGUUAAAAACAAUGUUAAAAAAAUUGAUGAUUGGAUUCUUCAAUUGGCAGAAUAAUAUGAUAUAAGAUAACUUAAAUUAAAAACAUAAUCGCACAAGAAAAAAUGAUUGGGUG